AUGCCGGAGAAGAAGAGCCGAUUACCACGACCAAAGCCGCGCCUCCGACGUUGCUCACCACCGUCAUCGUUGCCACAGAAGCCACCAUGCACGUCCAGUCGUAGGAAGCACCAAAGGGAUCAAAUUCUUCAAGACGGCGCCCUAAAGAGGGGAGCGACGUUGAAGACGACGCCACCGCCCGACCCUGAAGCAGGAUCUGGGCUUUCACCCGAAGGACUUGAUCCGGGAGUAAAGGCUGUGAAGAUUCCCGACGACGCCUCCAAGGAGGAUAGCGACGCCCACAGGCGCCGUCGCCGCCGGCCGGUCAACACCGGCCAGGCUUUCACCCGGUGCAGCCACUCCCGCCCAGCAGGCCGAGGUCGACCCGUACCUCCAUUGGACCGCGCACCCCCCACACAACGAGCACACCACUGCUGUGUAGGGCCACCCGCAAACCUCCUCAUCGACGGGCCUGCAGAGACCAGAUCGGGUCCUGCACCCCGCAUCCAUCCGCGGCCGGAGCCACCCUGCUCCAACAAGCGGCAACCGGGCACCACCAGCAGCCGCCAGUGCCCAUCCCGGGCCGCCAGCCACGGACCUCCGGCCAACAACCGUCUCCUUCCGGCCCCCUGGACUCCAGAGCAGCAAAACGGGGCAGAGAAACUGCCCAUCUUGUGCUGCCAAGGCCGGAUCCGUGGCAUCCAGACCUGCCCGCUGGGCCGCCAAGCGAAGACCACCGGCCGCCGCAUGCCAGAUCUGAGCCGGUGGCCAGCACGCCGCACCCAUGGCCGCACACCGCGCCCAGCCGCACUCCUCCUCGCGCCUCUCCGCGCGCAUCCUCGCGCGGUAGCCGCUUGCCAGAUCUGCGCCGGCGACCAGCGCGCCGCACCCAUGGCCGCGCGCCGUGCCCAGCCGCACGCCUCCUCGCGCCCCGCCGCGCGCAUCCUCGCGCGGUCGCUGCGCCCAGCCCGCGCCUCCACCUACGCGCCCCGCCACCGGAUCCGCGCCCGCGCCUCCGUGCGCGGCCCCGACAGCCAGCCGCGCCGCCCGAGCGCGCGCAGCAGCUCAGGCUCCCGCCGAGGCCACCGGCCCGCGCCAGCCACCUUUGGACGGAAGGGGAAAGGGGCCCCGCCGCCUCCGAGCCGCGCGGGCUUUGCCCGGCGACCGCUGCCGGCGGCGGCGAGGGGAGGAGAGGAUGGUGGGUGGGUUGAUGCUGGCGGCGGCUAG